AGAGAGACAAACAAACAGGCGAAACCAGAAGCCAUGACACAACCCAUGCCAACCAGUCUGAGUGAAACAGCAGACAUGAUAACCCCUGUUGUUUGCGAUGUGGAUGAUGGAUACUUUGAUGCCAUACUAGGAGCUGUCAUUGCUGCUGUGGUCCUGGUGCUUCUUUGCUUGGCAGUGGUAGUGAUUCGCUACAUGUACCGGCACAAAGGCACCUACCACACCAAUGAGGCCAAGGGCACCGAGUUUGCCGAAACAGCGGAUGCGGCACUUCGAGGCGACCCGGCUCUGCAGGAUGCCAUGGACGAGAGCAAGAAGGAGUACUUCAUCUGAUCUCAGGAGCGGCACCCCCUGCUGUUUACAAUGAACUUGGUCUGCCAAAAUAAGUGUAUUUUGGGGUUGGAGGAUAGAAAAGCUUGGAGAGGGGGUGAAAAUCGCCUCGCCAUACUGAGGCUCAGAGUGACUGUUCAGACAAUCUACCAAAGAAACAUCAGAUGCAUCUUACAAUAAUAUCAAUUCAGUAUUCUUCCCCCUAUCUGUUUCUCUCUCCAAUGUAUUUGGCAUAUCACCAUGCAUAUACACUUUUCAAAACACUGACUUUGCUAUUAGGAGGCUAUAUUUUUGUCAUGCAGAAGUGGGGAACAGUGAGGAAAAAAGCUUCUUAUGAGGAUCUAAGGCACCCAUAGACACCUAUGCCUUCUGUGGAAAAAGCAAGAGUAUUCCUAGAACACAGAGUUGUAAGUAAUGGACCCUUCUCAAAAACGUCAAUGAUGAAACUCAAGGAAGUGAAUGAAUGUAGAAUUUCUCUACAAGCUCACAAAACAAACUCUAUUUUCUAAUGGUAUUGAAACCAAAGCAAAAUCAAUUUUGUAAAGAAGAAACCUCUCAAUAAAUAGUAGGAGGAAAACAUGGAACAAAUGAUGUCGAAGGAAGCGACUUUUACUGUACGAAAUUAAUCACCAAUGGGCCCUUACCAAAAUCCUGAAUACGUCUGGUUGCUCCCGGAAUUACUUUUCAAUAACUUUUGUUUGGAUUGUGAUUGUCAAUUUGUGAGUGUUCAAGGGAAUGCCUUUAGCAAUGGUUAAUAACUAGUUAAUUACAGAUCCAAAGAGAUAAAGUGAUAGCUGAACAACCUAAAACUGCAGGAAGACCUUGCCGGAUGAGGUUAGUUGUGAAUACCAAAGUGAUGCUCUGUCUUAGACAGGGAGGAUCAGGGUUCAAACAGGUUCCUAAUGACAUUUUCUCACUAGUAGCCAAAAAUCAAUUCCAAGUAUAUUGACAUGCUAUUUGGAUAGCCACAGAAAACCAAACAUAUAGUGUGAUCUUCCCAUCCUGAUUUGGGCUUAAUAAAUUACACUAACAACAAAGUAUUGUGCAGUUUGUGUCCAUACAUUUUUUAGCAUGAACAUUAUAGACCUGACAUUUUUUGGAUUGAUGCAGAAAUCAAGGAUGACUUUGUGAGCACCAGAGGUUCCUGUAUAAAUGUCUAAGGGUGGAUAAGUGUUGUGAUCUGGUCAAGGCCGUAACCAUAUUUGUAGAACUAUUUGUGGGGCAAUUUCUUGGAACACUGUAAUGAUGUUUUUUAAAUUGCCUUGCUAAGGAAAAAUAUUGAAGUACAACUCAUUCAGCUGUAACUGCACUGCCUCAGUAAAACGACAACUGCAAUCAUUGGAUAUUGUUUGUGACGUUCCGCCAGGAUGAUACUAGACAAAAAUGAGAACACUCAAGGAUUUUUUUUUUUUUGUCAAUUAAUUUUAUUGUGGUGGAAAUGGCAACUGAAAAUAAGCCCCCCCCCCCCCCCCCCCAUGCUCCAAAUCUAAUUUCAAUUCCCCAAACCCUUUUUCUCUUCUCUGCUGGCUUUGAUUAAUGUGAACUUUUCUUUGUCUCCAUGAUUGCCUAGUUCUGAAAGAAUAGAAGGGACCGUUUUCUUGAUUCAAAAAAGAAGGUUUGUUAGAAGGGACAAUGCAAGAUGGCUCCUCUGCAAAUUAUGCUUUGAUAACUAGUGCUGAUGCAAACAAGUAUAAGACACAUACGCAGCAAUGUAACUAUUCACUCUCCUGAGGGCGGACACUUUUUUUUUUUAGAUCACACCUUAAAUGGAGUGUAAGACAAUUGCUACCAAAAUGUAUUUAAUCUCUGCUGAAGAUAACGAAAUUCUCUCCAGCUUGUAAUUUCCUAACACAAGAUAAAAAUGAGAAGACUUGUAGUAAGAGGAUGCAUGGCUAUGCCAAGGCAUAGCACUUAACAGAAGCUGUUCCAGAACUGAAGAUACCUUGAUCCCGGGAUUGUGCAUAAUUUGUUUGCUUUUGGCCCUCUUUGCAAUAGUGCAUGUCAUUGACUUUCACUAUAAGUGUAUUUCAUACAUUAAUAGCAGCUUUCAAACUGAGAGCUCUCUGUAACUACAGUUCAUUUUUGUUUUUUCAUUCUUAACUGACAGGAGACCACUGACAUUGAGAAACAGAGAGGAGAGAUCUGAGCUAGCCUCAGCGGCAGUAAGAAAUACAACUUUACUCUCUGUUUCUUUUGCACUGUGGGAUUACCAGAUUCAAGUGGCAGGAAUUUACUCUUUACGUCCCCUUCACCUUGAAUGUUUUCUUAACUGUUGAAUUAUUCAUGUUCACGCAUUAUUUUGAAGCUCAAAUGUUUUAUUUAUUUCCACGAGGUAAAUCCAACUAAAAGCAAAUAAAAGGCAUUCUAAGUCAA